UAAUAACAUUAUUAAAUACUGGACAAAAAAAAAAUUGACGAAUACUCUAUUUUGAACUAAAUAUCAGCAAUAUCACUUCACUUCUUUCAUCGUUAUCUGUAAUUUUAAACACGCAACAAUAUGUCGUAUUGUAUCUUAGACCGAUUCAUCCGUUGUUUUUCGUAACUCAUAUUAUACUUUCAUUAAUUAUUAUUCCGUUACAAUAACCGAUCAAUUUAUGUAUAAUUUUAAAUUACAUACUUAUUUAAUAUUAUUUAAGAUUUAGUUAUUCAUCCUUCAUCGCGUACGCAACCACCUUUCUCUUAUUUGUUGUUUAGCGUAAUUUUGUUUAGAUUGAUAACCGUUCUUACUGCAUAACAAAAUGGCCAGUAUGUCGAGUUUUUCUUCGUCUGUGAACGAAUCGCGUUCUGAAGAGGAAUUUCAAUUAUUUAAAGCCCAACUAAAAAAGGUUCAAGAUCUCAUAGAAGAAUACAACAACAAAAUCGUUGACAAGACAUUAUGUGCAGAUGAUCUAGCUGACAUGAAAUCAGAAAUGAAAUAUUUGACAGAACUUGAGCAGCAAGUGACUUCAGAAAAAAUGAAGUCCAGUUAUGUGUCUUACAAAACUAUGUCUUUGAAAAUGGUCCAAGAAUCUUAUCGUAUUUGUAGCUGGCUUAUGGAAAAGCAAUGCAGUGAAAUGGAUAAUAUGUUUGAUAUAGAUACAUAUGUUGAUAAAAUUAUUGAAUCAUGUGCUGAUAAAGAAGAUCCUUUAAGCCACAUAAACACUUUAUUCAGUGAUGCUUUUAAAAAUAUAAAUUAUUUUAAUCUAAGUUUCUACGGGACUAUUAAAUCAGAAGAAACUGCUGAAACCCAAGUAUUAACACAAACAAAGAAAGAUUACAGAAAAUCACAAAAGAGACCCUUAGAAGAACAAGUGGUACCCGAUGAGGUAGGGAGUGAAACUGGUGACAACGAAUUACAAAUAACUUUAUUAAGAGUUAAACGCUGUUUGAAGAAAGCUGUAUUUGAUAAUCAAGGGAAUCCAGUAUCAUUUCAUGCAUUUGCUAUUGAUCCAUUUAGUUUGACAUAUACAAUAGAAAAUUUAUUUCAUUUGGCUUCAUUAGCAAAAGAUGGUGUUAUCGAAAUUGAAAGAAUUUUAGAUAAUGAAAAUGAUGAGUUUUCAACAAUAAUAUUAGCUAAAAAAAAAAGUACAAAUGCUAAACCUAAAACAGAUGAUAUCAUAUCUUCUUUAUUCACAAUGAACUAUGAACUAUGGAAGUAUUAUAUCAAAAAAUAUAAAAUAACUAAUCGAAUGAUCAAACAAGAUGGUGAUGAGUAACUAUUUAAAAUUAUUAUAAAGAUAUAUUGAUGGUUUCCUAAAAUAAAAAAAAGUUUGUUUAAAAA